GGAGACAGACAGAUAAAGGCGGUAUUAGACCUGUUUUUGUUCCCGUUACACCUGCGUUAGCCAUGCGAAUAUGAACGUCACGAUUUCCAACACACGGCUUUAAAUAUUCGGGUUGUCAUGUCCUCCUCCUCACAGCGGAGACCACAGACUGACGAGCAUCGGUGGAGCUCCCGGUAACAGAAGGCUAUCAUCAUGUCUCCUCCUCAGUCAACCCGCCGCCUCCUGCUGACGGCAACGACACUAAAAAGAGACUCUGCUGUGCCAUCCUGAUGCAUCAGUCCAGCCACCAUGCAGUGCUCCUGGAAGUCCAUAAUGCUGCUAGCAUUAGCAUCCAUCGCCAUCCAGUAUACAGCUAUCCGCACCUUUUCCACCAAGCCUCUGAGCCUGCUGUAUUCUGUCGGUCUGGCGACUACGAGCCAUGCAGUCAACUGCAGCCUCAAAAAUCCCACUAAACUCGUGCGACUCCGACAGACACCAGAGGGUUCAGACCAAGGCUGUAAUGAGACCAGGACACCUUCCUCCUCUUCCUCUUCCUCUUCCUCCUCUGACUCCAAAAAUGCCAAGAAGAGGACACACAUACUCAUUUUGGCAACAACACGGAGUGGAUCCUCCUUUGUGGGCCAGCUAUUCAACCAACACCCUGAGGUAUUUUACCUAUUCGAGCCUCUGUACCAUGUCCAGUUGGCUCUGCUUCCUCGACUCUCACAGAGCAAGAACCUUGCUGAGAGGAGGGUGAUGCUGGGUGCAGCGAGAGAGCUGCUGAGGUCUCUGUACCACUGUCACCUCAGCAGUCUGGAGAGUUACAUACGACCUCGUCCCACAAACCACUCAACUGACAAGCUGUUCAGACGAGGAGCCAGCCGGUCUCUGUGUUCCCCCCCUGUAUGUGAGGCUCACCUGAGCCAGGAGGCUCAGAGUUUGGUGCUUGCUGAUGAGGGGGAGUGUGUGAGGAGGUGUGGACCACUCAACCUGUCACUGGCUGCUGAAGUCUGUAGCACAAAGCGCCACGCAGCCAUCAAGACCGUCAGGAUUCCCCAAAUCAGUGACCUCAGAGCACUGAUCCAAGACCCUAGACUCAACCUGAAGGUGGUGCAGCUCGUCCGUGAUCCACGUGGCAUCCUCGCAUCACGUAUCGAAACAUUUCGAGAUACUUACCGUCUGUGGCGUCUGUGGAGAGCAACCGGACAUAGACCUCACAAUCUGGACCUUGGACAGAUCAACUCAGUGUGCGAGGACUUCCUAAGGUCUGUGUCCACAGGGCUGUCUCACCCGGCCUGGCUCAGAGGGAGGUACAUGCUGCUGAGGUACGAAGACCUGGCUAGGUUUCCUCUCCAGAAGACCCGAGAGCUCUACAGCUUCCUGGGCCUGGAUUUGGACCACAGUGUUGAGGACUGGAUCAUCAACAACACCCGGGGGAGCAGCGACCUGUCAUCACGGCAGAAGUUCACCACAGUUCGGGACUCUGCUGCUAAUGCAGAGAACUGGAGGGUGAAGCUGUCCUUCGACAUGGUCGUAUACACUCAGACCGCCUGUCAGCCUCUGCUGGAGCGCCUCGGAUACAAGAGAGUGUUCCACCCCAGAGAACUGAGAAACCUCUCGCACUCUUUGGUGGAGGACAGGACGUUCUUUCCAUAUCUUUAAACAACUGAUGAUUUACAUACAUCCAGGACAGGCUUUAGAAAACCAUCCAUCAAGACAGUAUUAUAAUUUGUGAAGCACAGAUUACAUAAUCAGAGCUGUCUCACUGGCUGAUCUGGAUAUUCUCACUAUGGCUGUGUUAAAGAAGACCUGUGACCAUCCAUCUGUUUAAAACCUACAGUUCUGUAAGAUAAUCUGAUAUUAUUAUCAUUUCACUGUUAUUUCAUCAAUCUAUCUAUCUAUCUAUCUAUCUAUCUAUCUAUCUAUCUAUCUAUCUAUCUAUCUAUCUAUCUAUCUAUCUAUCUAUCUAUCUAUCUAUCUAUCUCCUUUUCCACAUAUAAUUUCUCAUAUAUAAACAACAUAAUGGCAGUGCAUAAAUAGAACCUAGUACAUUAAGAUUUCACUAUAUUACUAUCAACUUCAUCAGAUGGUUUCCUUUAUUUUUAAAACAAUGGGUUUCAUAUUUUGGGAUUUGCUGUAAGUAACCAAGACAUUUUUGAAUAAUUCCAGCCUGCAGAGGCAGAGCACGCUGUGAUGGCAGCAGUGUAAUUUUGUAGGGUAAAGGCAUAAAAUUGCCACCAACAAGUUCAAGUUAUGGAUUCAUUAGGUUUCCAACCUGUAGAGAAACAAUCACAAUAGAGAUUUAUCACUUUGUUAAAGAUGAUGAUGCAGAACUCUCUUCAAGGUCACCAGACUCGAUUAACAAAAGUUUUCCCAGAUCACAGGAGUUGGUGUUCUCUUUGAGCCUUUACUUUGUGGGUGUUUUUAGGAUAUACUGGCUCAAACUUACUAUUGUAUUUAUUUAGCAAAGUCAUCUCCUAACAGAAACAGUGUAACUCAUUGCAGAGGUAGACCAGAAGCAAAUGCCAGUUAUGAUUACAGCAAAGACCUGUGCAGCUUGCUGAUAUAAUUUUUCAAUCAUUUUCACAGGGUCUGGGUUUUACAGAUUCCACUAGUGCUUAAGUCCUGCUGAACAAUACAUAUAAACUGCUACAUAGGUGUAAUGAUAAGAGAAUAGCAGGACCAGAGGAUUUUUUUAAUCCAUUAACUCAAAUGAAUUACACAUAACGAAACUUAAUUUCAACUGCAGCUUGUACAUAUUUAUUUACAUAAUGUUUUACUUGUGAAUACA